UGCGCUGCAGUGACAGCUCGCUUCUAUCUCUGCGCAUGUCGUGCGACCGCUGUCGCGUCCAGAAGCUUAAAUGUUCUGUAUCGGCCGGAGCAAAAGCUUGCCAGCGGUGCAUGCGGGCCAGAGUAUCUUGCGUGUUUGGGCGACGGACGCCUUCGAAGCGCACAAGCAUACGCGUCGACCGGACAGCGACGACCACACAGCCACCUCCAAUAAGCCCCCAGCGGCCCGUUCCCGCGCCACCAACCUCCGGCUUGACAGCAGCAUCGUCAUCAUCCACAUGCUCGUCAGUAUCGCCAACAACUGCGCCAUCCAGCUGUCCGGCUGCGACUCCAGACACGGAGCUGGAAGCGCUCAUAGUCUCUGGACCCAUGCCGUCGGCAGCUCCAGACCUCCAGCCCAGCUCGUGCGAUGCUCUCAAUACCUCCUGGGAUGGCUCAGCUGUGGAGCUUUACGGCUUCCCCUCCACCAUGCCCGAGCGUGACAGCGACAUGAACAUGGCUGGUUACGACUGGCUGGAGCAGUCAGGGUUUGCCUUGGACGACGGGAGCACGUUCGAAAUGGGCCAAUCGGACCUCGCACCAUCGUCCCAUUUACCACCCCCAACAGCCAUUUACCACCCCCAACAGCCGCGAUCACAUACCUCGGCCAGUAGUAUCAGCAGGAGCAGUAACGCUGCCACGACCGGCCAGCGACUCACGGCUCUGGUAUCCGAGAUCCAGCAGCAGCUGCGGAGGUUGGAGGAGGGCCCGUGGCACACGGAAAGCGCCCACAGCGUGCAAGACUACCCAGUUGGCACCAUUCUCGACCUCUCGCAGCAGUUCAGCGCCAUCGCAGGGUCCAUCCUCAGCAGCACCGUCUGCAUCAGUGGUGGGUUGGAGGAGGACAGCAGCGACGAGGACAACAGCGAGAGGACGGCGGGCUGCACCACGGCAGACACGCCGACCAUGCUGCUCAUCAUGUGCGGCUACAUUUGGCUGGUACGAAUCUACGGCGUCGUACUGGGCCACUUUCAGAAGCACCUACACCGGAUGCCUACUGGCGAUCCUCGCCAUCUUGGGACAACCACGGGCGUUAUCAGCCCCAUCGCCGGCGGCGUAAGCACCAAGCUUCGGCUAGGUGAACUCCCCUGCACGGACGUGGUCCUGAGUCUGCAGCAGAUUCAUACAGCGGUGCGCAUGCUGCUCGACAUGCUACAUGAGAUCGAGGGGCAUCUGGGGCGCGGGGCCGUAGCAACUUGCGACAUGGCCGUGGCCUUGCUGCUCGACUCUGGGAGGCCCCAAAAUUGCAGCUCCCGCGACCUGGGCAUAAAGGCAGCGGCAGUGAAGAAGCUUCUGAGGGAGAAGAUGGGUCUUUGAGAAUAUCGACCCACCACUAUAUUAC